GGCGAGGGCCCACUUCCCUCGGGAGCGCUUCCCUUCCCGGCACACUCCGCGGGUCCGAUGCGGCCCCGUGCUUGCACGGCGCCGCCGUGCGUCCCGGCGCGGCCGAUCGGAUGCGAUGCUGGCCCCGUGCCGGUGCGGCCCGAUGCGUCAGCCAUAGCGGUGUGCUCUGACUUCCCGGUUCGAUGCCGAUGGAUCUCGGGGUCCAUCUCGGCCAGCUCUUUUAGUUGUGCCCAGCCGUGGCGUCAAGGGCGCCCCCAGAGGGAGACCCAGGACGACCAGACAGGCAGCUUCUUCGUCCAACAAGAACGAUGUGAUCUGACUUCCCGAUUCGAUGCCGAUCGGCCUCGGGAUCCAUCCUGGCCCACUGCGUUGGCUGCGCCCAGUCGUGGCCACAGGGGCGGCCUUGGAGGAGGGAGGCCCAGGACGACCAGACAGGCAGCUUCUCUCAGUCGCAGCGCGACUCGGUCCACGCUGCUGGCCGACGGGGGGAAAGCUCGGCGCUCCGCCGAGGUGCGGAGGAAGGCGGACGUGAUGGACGUCUUCUCGGGAUUCGUGCUGCGCGGGGUCGUCCAGACGGAGGACAUCCCGAACGUCCUCAAGGCGGUAGACGACACGAUGCACAUGGAGGGGUGCCUCGUCAGCCACAAGGCCAUGGCCCCGGACUCCGCCUUCGGGGCCCGGACGCGGAUCCUGUCGAACGCGGGCCUCGCGGGCGAGGGCGGCCCCAGGCGGACCCGCGCGAGGUCGUUCUUUCUUUCCAGAACCCAGCGGGACGGGCUGGGCCAAGUUUGUAGCACGUUCUCCAGUUCACUGAUGUCCAAUGACAUAGUGCCCUACUCGGCCCUCCUGCGCGGCGACCGGCGCAAAAGGGAGGAGCUCGAGGAGCGCUCUCGCAGGGCGGAGGCCGAGACGAAGCUUGCGGAGGCUCAGGCGCAGAGGGAGGCCGACUACCAGCAGCAGAUGUCCGCCUACGACGCGCUCCACGCGCGCUUGACGGCGAGCGAGCAGCUGAACCUGAUCCUCCAGGAG